CGAGGUAUCAUGGAGGAUCAGUAGGCAAACCGCGGCCGUCAGAGGAAAGCAGCUGCCGCUCCGAGAGCCGCGAGUUUCCAGAACGUUUGUCCGGCCGCCGCCCGCAGGGAAAACAAGCCGCCAUGGAGAUGAAGAAGAGGAUCAGCCUGGAGCUGAGGAACCGGAGCCCGGCCGAGGUGGCGGAGCUGGUGGUGGAUAACUGUCGCUCGUCUGACGGCGAGGUGGAGGGUCUGACCGACGAGUUCAAGGAGCUGGAGUUCCUCAGCAUGGUGAACGUGGGGCUGAGCUCGCUGUCCAAGCUGCCCUCGCUGCCCAAACUACGCAAGCUGGAGCUGAGCGACAACAACAUCUCAGGCGCUCUGGAGACGCUGGCGGAGAAAUGUCCCCACCUGACCUACCUCAACCUGAGCGGCAACAAGAUCAAAGAGCUGAGCAACGUGGAGGCGCUGCAAAACCUGAAGAGCCUGCGCAGCCUGGAUCUGUUUAACUGUGAGAUCACCACGCUGGAGGAGUACCGCGAGAGCGUGUUCGAGCUGCUGCCCCAGGUCACCUACCUGGACGGCUUCGACCAGGAGGACAACGAGGCGCCCGACUCCGAGGCCGACGACGAAGACGAGGACGAGGACGGCGCCGGGCCGCCGGCCGACUACGAGGACGACGAGGAGGGGGAGGAGGAGGAGGAGGAGGAAGGCUCUGAGGGCGCUGAGGUGGGCCUGUCCUUUCUGAUGAAACAGGGCGUGCAGGAGGAAGAGGAUGACUAUGCAGAGGAGGAGGAUGAAGACGAGCCGGCGGCCGUGCGAGGAGAGAAGAGGAAGAGAGACGUGGAGGACGAAGGGGACGACGACGACGACGAUGACGACGACUAAUCGGCCUCCUCGCCCGACUCGCCCGUCUGUCUCGUUCUGUCCGUCUCAGUCGACCUCUGGACCCGAGCUGGAGAGCAACAACAACAACAACAACAACAACAACAACAACGACAACAGCAACAACAACAACAACAACGACAACAACGACAGCAGCAGCAGCAGCAGCGACCCUGGGCAGCAGCAGCAGCAGCAGGAACAGUGUGAUCUCCAGAUAGUGCGUUUCAGUUUCUCUACAGUAGAAUAUCACUGCAGAAUCUCUUUAUUUUUAGAUAAUAAUGAUGAUAUAAUAUAUAAGAUUGCAGAAAAAAAGGA